AUGUUUUCCGGGUGGUUCAAAAGGGUGCCCCCCGAGGAAAAGGCCAAAGAGUGGCGGCGACAGUUGAACUCAGAAAUGCGGAAGCUCGAUCUUCAAAUUAGAAAAAUUCAACGAGAGGAAAUGAAGGUGAAACAAACCGCCAGGCAGGCUGCAAAGAAAGGUGACACUGUGGUUCUGCGGAUGUUGGCGAAGGAGAUUAUUCAUUCUCGCAAAGCCGUGAGGCGCCUCCAUACCGCACGCACUCAAAUGAACUCCGUUUCUAUGCAGCUGCAGCAACAGGUGUCGCAGAUUAAGCUUGCUGGGCGCAUCGAGGCAAGCGCUGUUGUUAUGACACAGAUGAAUCAAUUGAUGCACAUACGCGAGGUGCGCGAGUCGAUACAGUCACUAGGCAGAGAGAUGACCAAAGCCGGGUUGAUUGAAGAAAUGAUGAACGACACGAUUGACGAUGUAUUGGACGGGGACAUCAGUGAUACGGAACUGGAGGAUGAAGUUGAGAAGGUUGUGGUGGAGGUUACGCAGGGGAAAAUGGAGGGCACAGUGGUUGGUACAUCGAGGCUCCCAGAAGUGCAACAGGAGCAAGAAGUGGAGAACGAAGGGGAGUUGGAGAGUGAUGACGAGUUAGUGGCAAGGUUGAAUAUGCUUCGUGGGACUGUUAGUUGA